AGGUGGAGGAACCUCUCGGAGCUGAGACAUCAGAGCCGACCAGGGGAGAAACGCGUCGUCGGGGUGGGGCGGGCCUGAGGAAACGCUCGGGGGCUCAGUAGCUCUAGCAGUGCCCCGUGGCCGUCCCCGCCCCUCCCCCCUACAGCCCAACGACCGGGAUGCAGACAUCAGAGCGUGACGGGUGUGGGCCGGAGGUGAGCCCCAGCGUGAUGCCGGAGGCCUCCCUGGAGUCUCCACCUGCCCCUACCAAGUCCCCAGCGUUUGAUCUUUUCAACUUGGUUCUGUCCUACAAGAGACUGGAGAGCUACCUGGAACCCCUGAAGGACGCAGGUGACGGUGUCCGGUACUUGCUCAGGUGGCAGACGCCUUUGUGUUCCUUGCUGACCUGCCUGGGCCUCAACAUCUUGUUCCUCACUUUGAAUGAGGGCGCGUGGUACUCGGCAGGUGCCCUCAUGAUUUCCGUGCCCGCCCUUCUGGGCUACCUUCAGGAGGUUUGCCGGGCACGGCUGCCCGAGUCGGAGCUGAUGCGGAGGAAAUACCACAGCGUGAGGCAGGAGGACCUGCAGAGAGUUCGCCUGUCUCGCCCCGAGGCCGUGGCUGAGGUGAAGGCCUUCUUGAUCCAGCUGGAGGCCUUCCUGAGCCGCCUGUGCUGCACCUGUGAAGCCGCCUACCGAGUGCUGCGCUGGGAGAACCCAGCCGUGUCCUCACAGUUCUAUGGGGCUCUUCUGGGCACGAUUUGCGUGCUGUAUCUGCUGCCGCUGUGCUGGGUCCUUGCCCUUUUAAACAGCACACUCUUUCUGGGGAAUGUGGAGUUCUUGCGAGUGGUAUCGGAGUACAGGGCAUCUCUGCAGCGGCGGAUGAACCCCAAGCAGGAAGAGAGUGCCUUCGAGAGCCCCCCACCACCUGAUGUUGGGGGGAAGGGCACCCUGCCCGACUGCACACCUGCGCCCACACCCACAGAGGACCUCACGCCGGGCAGUGUGGAGGAGGCCGAGGAGGCUGAGCCCGAUGAGGAGUUUAAAGAUGCGAUUGAGGAGGAUGACGAGGGUGCCCCGUGCCCAGCAGAGGAUGAGCUGGCCCUGCAGGACAAUGGGUUCCUGAGCAAGAAUGAGGUGCUGCGCAGCAAGGUGUCGCGGCUCACAGAGCGGCUCCGCAAGCGGUACCCUACCAACAACUUCGGGAGCUGUAUGGGCUGCGCUACCAACUUCUCAGUGCUGAAAAAGAGGCGGAGCUGCAGUAACUGUGGAAACAGCUUCUGUUCUCGGUGCUGCUCCUUCAAAGUGCCCAAGUCCUCCAUGGGGGCCACAGCCCCUGAAGCCCAGAGAGAGACUGUGUUUGUGUGUGCCUCAUGUAACCAGACCUUGAGCAAGUGAGAAGAGGGGCCAGGGUCUACCCUGGGGCCAGCAGUAGACCCACUUCCCCACCCCUUGCCCCAUGUGGUGUGUGCUGGGCAAAUGUGGCCCGAACGCUAGGUAGGCCUCCCCUUCCUGCCCUUGCUAUCUCCAGCCAGGUUCUGGAGCUGUUCCCCACUCCUGCAGAUGGCUGGUGAUAGCUGUUCUCAAACCCUAGAGGGGUGAGGAGCCCCUGGAGGAUCUGGCAUUGCCCUGCUCUGCCCUGGCCUGGGCUGGUGGACUCAGGGCUGGGCAGGGAAUAUAAGCUAGAGGGCAGCAGUGAGCCAGGCCUGGUCUCAGUUGGGAUCUCUGAGUAUCAGGGCGUCUCUCCACACCUGGGAAGUCUAGGAGACCAGAGAUCAGAAGUUGGGAAGAGGUUCUCCCCACACUGGGUAUUGAGCCAAGCCUUUGGCCUCUGAAAGCCUCCAGAAGGGCCUGGGAGUGCCAUGCCCAACUCUGCUGUUUGAAUGUCCUUCCAGGCAUCAGAAUCUCAUCAUUUCCCCGUCAGAGAGUGUGGCCAGGGCUAACAAGACCAAAGUGCUUCUAGAAACAGGGUUAAGUUCCCAAGUUCCCCCAGAGGAGGACGUGUCUAGGAGGGGCUGGCAGAGUCCUCGUUAUUAAGCGGGACAAAGCGUGGGGAGCCCCAGCAGCGUAGAGGACCUCCGCCCCACCUUGCGGAGACCUUGACUUGCAGAAUCUCAGCCCAUAUAUUGCCCUGGUGUCCUCAGCCCUUAGUCCCCAGGUAGAUGCUGGGCACUCAGAUCACUCUGCUCCCCUGCUCAGAGCAUAGAGCACCUCUCCUUUGGCCCAGAGCUGUAUUUCCUCUCCCCAGGCCCUCAUCCCAUGGAGUGUGAGACCAGAGCAGAGGUCCUGAAGCCCUUGACCCUUGGGGGGCGGGGAAGUGUAGGAUCUCGCCGUGCUGGGUUCUAGAGUCCAGGGCUGUUCCCGAACAGCACAGUCUCAGUUGUGGGAUAAGGCCAAUUGGGGUCCCCAUCCUCUCUCCAACAAUUUCAUGUUCCCUUUUGUACUCUUAGGGGCUCAGUUUCUCUCCCUAAGCCCUGAGCGGGCUCAGGCACCCCUUCCUUUCCCUGGAGCUGUCCUGCCUUUUCAAGUAUUUAUUUAUUUAUUGUGUGGUUCCUGGGAACAUGUGGCAUCCUGGGAUGAGGAGGAUGGGGGGCUUCUUCUCCCCCAGUACGCUUCCGUGGGUCAUGGGCUGCCUAGGACCCGGAGCCCAUAGGAGGCAGAGAUGUUUCUGUACCCUAAGCAGGGACCCAAGGAGGCAGGUUGAGGAGACAAGGACCAUCCUAGGCCAGCUUUCUUGCCAGGCCAACCAGUCUAGCUAGGGCUGGGCAACCAGGGGCCUGCUCCAGGCCAGGGAGGUGAAGUCCCUGGGGAGCGGACCUUGGUAUACCCCCUUCUUCGGGCUCCUUUAUCCUGGUAGGAGAUGAUCUUUAAGUACCCUGUACUUUAUUUACACUGGAGAGGAACUAAAAGGAUCUCUUUGUAUAUGGAGAAUUGUCAAUAAAAAGGCCUCAAGCUUCUUA